AUGAGCCACGUAAAAACCAUCCACAAUCCCAUUGGGUCACUAGAGAGGUUUUUGGAUCUUCUCUUGAUCUCUCUCAUCGUUUACAUGACUCUGAAAGGCGGCACGAGUGGGGCGUGUGCCGCUUGCAAAUACCAACGCAGACGCUGCGCCGCGGACUGUCCACUCGCGCCCUACUUCCCAGCGGAACAACCGAAACUCUUCCAAAACGUUCACAGGCUGUUCGGGGUCAGAAGCAUCGUCAAGAUCCUAGAGAACCUGGACGAAGCUCAGAAACCAGAAGCCAUGAAAUCUAUCAUUUUCCAGUCUUAUGUCCGUGACCGCAACCCUGUCCACGGCUGCUUGGGCAUCACGCAUCACCUUCAAAUGAUGAUAUAUCACGCUGAAGAAGAACUCAAAGCCGUAAAUUCACAGCUCCAGCUAUACCGCCAUCAACAAAACAACAAUGGUCAGAAUCAUCAUAAUCCUCACAAUCAGAUGAUUCACGAGAUUGGGGAGAAGCAAGAAGACGUUACCUCACAGCAGCUAGAUUUGGGAAUGGGACUUCCUGUUAGCAACAACCAGAGCAAUGUGACGCCAUUUUUUAGUCCUUUGUCGGUUUCUGAAACGCAGCAACAACAGCCUCAAAUGUCUUACACUUAUAGCUGCAGCGAGGUUAACAACAAUGGUUAUAGUCCUCCUGCGUAUACAGAUUCAUGCAAGGACAUUCUCACCAGGAACCAUAACGAUCCUGCUUUGGUUUGGGGUGGUCAGAAUCGGUUUCCUUAUCAUUCUAACGACGGAUUCAUCAACCAAAACGAGAGCUGUAACGAGAUGAAGAGCAAUAACGGUGUGAUGGCGAUACAGUCACAGCUCGUUAAUCUUCAGAUGGCAUCGAAUCAGCAAGAGGAAGAAGAUGAUGUUCACGAGUACGAUGAAAUCCAUCAGUUCCUCGAAAUCAUCGAUGACAGGCAAUCAUUCGCGGAUUCUAAAGAAGCGUACGCAUCAAGCUCGGGUGAAUCGUUGAAGGAGCCAAUAGAUGAGAUCGGAGAGAACGAAUUAAGAAGUGCGGCUACUUGCUUCAGUCUGACCAGUGUGAAUUGA